AUGGGCAAUUCAAUUUCGAAGGUUCUGGGAAAACUAUUUGGUUCAAAAGAAAUGAAAAUUUUAAUGCUGGGCCUAGAUAAGGCUGGUAAGACGACCAUAUUGUACAAACUGAAACUAAAUAAAAUAAAGACGUCUACUCCCACUGUAGGUUUUAACGUAGAAACCGUUACUUAUAAAAAUGUAAAAUUUAAUAUGUGGGAUGUAGGAGGGCAACAAAGAUUGAGACCUCUCUGGAGGCAUUAUUUCCCAGCCACCACAGCACUCAUCUUUGUGAUAGAUUCUAGUGCUAGAAACCGUAUGGAAGAGGCCAAGGAAGAGUUAUAUAGUAUUAUAGGUGAAAAAGAGAUGGAGAAUGUAGUACUGCUGGUAUGGGCAAACAAACAAGAUUUGAAAGAUGCAAUGAAGCCUCAAGAGGUUUCUGAUUUUUUGGAAUUGGAAAAAAACUUGAAAAACCAACCUUGGUGUGUCAUCGGUAGUAACGCAUUAUCUGGACAGGGUCUUGUUGAAGGGUUAUCCUGGAUUUCGAAUAACACGAACGUCCCAAAGAAAUAA